UGCACAACAGUGCUUCGAUAACGAGCUGUGCUGCAAGAAGCAAAGAACUUGCACGUAUUUUCUGCGGCGUAUUUUCUCGAGUAAAAAUGGAGAUUCCUAUCGUGGAUUUCAACGUGUUUGAACUCGGAAAGACGAAUGUGUCGGCUGAUGAACUGGAUGAUUUGAGUAAAGAAGUGAAAAGAGCCUUCACCGAUGUGGGGUUUGUUUAUCUGAAAAACACGGGAAUAAGUCAGGAAGAGGUAGACAAUGUUAUGGCUGUUUCAAAGAAGUUCUUCAGUUUGCCAGAAGACGUGAAAAAGUCUUUCAGCAGGGGUAGUUUCCCAUGUAACGAGAACCAUGGCUGGGUUUCGGUAGAAACGGAAAGUUUGAACCCUCGGCGUCCUGGUGAUUUGAAGGAGGCGUUCAAUACAUCGACUUUGAGUGCAGAUAUUAAGUGGCCUUCAGAAGGAGUUGCUGAUUUCCGAGAUGUCCAGGUAUCAUUUUUCCUGCGCUGUAAGGAACUUUCUCUGCGGGUGCUGCGACUGAUGGCUCUUGGUUUGGGGCUGGAAUCUGAAGUCUUCCUUGAUGCUCACAAGCUAAUUGGAAGUGAUGUGAAUAGAACCACACUACGGUCUCUGUUCUACCCUCCUGUCAAGAGCACAAGUGUGAAGGAAAAUCAGCUGCGAUGUGGUGAACACUCAGAUUAUGGCAGCAUCACUCUGGUCUUUCAAAGCCGUGAAGGUGGACUGCAGGUUUUAAGCCGGGCUGGUGAGUAUAUUUCUGCUCCGAGUAUUUGUGGGACGGUUCUGGUUAACAUUGCAGACAUGAUGCAAAGAUGGACCAGCGACAUCUAUGUGUCUGCCGUUCAUCGGGUUUUGCUGCCCCCUGCAGGAGACUCCAGCACACGCCAGUCUUUAGCCUUUUUUGUACAACCUGAUGAUGACGCCAUGAUUUCCUGCUGCGAUGGAUCAGAUAAAUAUCCUCCUGUUAGAUCCCUUGAUUAUCUUUUAUCAAGGUUCAGCGAGUCUUAUAUUACAAAAAACACAUCUGACAUGAGCUUAAUUUUAUGAAGCAUGUUUAAAAAAAUUGCUAUAAAUAAUUUAUGGUUAUAAUCAUCAGAGAACAUCAUUGUUGAAGCUGACAUAAUUUAAUAAAUUUUAAAGAAAUUUAAACGACAAUAAUACUCUGGAACCCACAAAGGAUACUCAAACAAGCCAAACGUUCUCAUAUAUGAACUAUCGAUUUCUGCGUGUUUUAGAAAUGUGUACAUUUUUGUGGCUAUUUUAAAGGCAGUGUUCUGUCAUUUCUAGCAUGAAAGUGUCCACAAAAAGCUGUUGAUUAUUCACUUGAAACAGUGAUGGUAUAAUUACUGAUAUCCUGGGAUGGAUAUCAUAUUUUCUACAAAUUUGUUUUACACCAGAAUAUGUUUAGCAUUGGACGUACUUUAUGAAAGGAAUCCUGAAUUAUGCGUUAACUAAAAUAAAAAGAUUUAUCC